GGUACUUGUCCUUCACUCAUCAACUGGCGGCCGUUCAACUGUUUUUUAAUCGCCGGUGCGGCCGACCAUCGUUUUCCAUUUUUCUCUCUGCUAUAUAUUAGCCCUUUCAAAUUCAAAUCCCUAAUCAAAGUUGAAAACCCCAAAUUUCUUUUCUGUAAUUCCAUUUCCGCUUGUUCUUGAUUUUCAUGAAUCAUAUAGAUUCUUCCUGGUUCAAAAUCUCAGUUUAAUCCCAUAAAAAUCCCUUUCUCUUUCGAAAUUCCAUCAAAGCUGGCUCCUCAAGAACACCUUCAAGCCUUCGAAUCUUCAAUAUCCAAUGGCCUUGAUCGCCUCUCCCCUUCAUCCAACGCCUCAAACAUCCACUCUCUGGCAUGGCUUAACAACGCCCUAGACCUUCUCCUAACCAUCCAUGGCGGCCUCAAAACCCUAAUUUCAGAGAUCGACGUCCCCAUAAAGAGAUGGAGCUCAAAAACCCUAGAUCAAUACCUAAACCAAACCCUAGAGAUCUUGGACCUCCUCAACUCUCUCGCCUCCAGACUCUCAGAAAUUGAGUCAAGCCACCUGAAAAUCCUUGGCACCAUGGAUUCCGGUGAGACUCUUACCUCUCCGGCAACAUUCUCAGGCGAUCCUCUUGUUUUCCCGGUGAUGUUUACCGGCGACUCUCCGGCCGAGCCGGAAUUAUGUGAAGGCGAACGGGUGUUAAUUCGAGCUUUCUAUGAACUGAAGGUCCUGACCUUCUUGGUCAUUGGGGCUUGGGGUAUGUACACGUGUAGAAAAACCUCCCACAUGUGUGGCAUAGGUCUUUUGAGCAGGGACUUCAGCUGGGGAGAAGCCGCAGAGAAGAUUCUCACGUGCAAGUCUGGGCUUAAGGCCGGAGGUCGAGGUGGAGGCGUCGCUUCGCUCGUGUGGGAUUUGGAUGCUGGCACGUGCAAGAAGGAGAGUUCGAAGAAUCGUUUGGAGGAGAUGAGGAGGGUCCUGGAUUUCGCCACGUGCCGCGUGAGGAGGUACUUUGACGAUAUCAUGCGUGUGAGGACUGAUGUCUUGGAUGUGAUUCGCACGUGUGAAUCUCACUAGUCAUCGAAACUCUUGUUUUUUGUCUCAUGUGUAAUGAGAUUAUUUAUUUUCAACGAGGUCACAAUUAUUUGUUAAUCGUGGGAUGUGAAUUUGGGCGAUUGAUGUUGUUCCAUUUAUUGGGCAUAAUAUUUAAAAUAAAGUUAUUGAAUAUUAUGAUAUAUUUUAA